CCUCGCACCACCGCCGCCAUGUUCCCCUCCCGCGUCCGCCUCCUCCGCGGCGUCGAAUCCACCAACCGCGGCGUACUCCCCCGCUGCUUGGCUCCCCACGCCUCCUCUCCCUGGCACGGCGGAGCCGCGCAGCGCCACUACCACCACCACCACCAGCUGCAGCAGGAGGACGAGUGGGAUGAGUCCAAGGCGGUGAAGGUGACGGUGUGGUGGGACUUCCAGAGGUGCCGCCUCCCUUCCCGCGCCGACCCGCGCUGCCUCGUCCCGCGCCUCACGGCAGCGCUGCGGCGCGCCGGCAUCCGCGGGCCCGUCAACGUCACCGCCUUCGGCGACGUCACGCUCAUCCCGCGCGCCGAACGGGAGGCGCUCACCGACACCGGCGUCUCCCUGUCGCACGUCCCUUACAGUGGGAAGGAUAGUUUGCACCAAUCAUUCAUGCCUGAUCUUGUCUCUUGGAUUGCUCAGAACCCUCCGCCAGCCCAUUUCCUCCUUAUAUCAGGGGAUGAAGACUUUGCAAAAGUUUUGCAUCGUCUUCGGAUGAGCAACUAUAACGUAUUGCUUUCUUCCCCAAAUGAUAGCUCCAAGAUGAUGCGCAGUGCAGCGACAUUUAUGUGGCCAUGGGAGCCUCUAGUUAAUGGGGUGGGUCUCGUACCCAAAUAUUUGAAUCAACCACCUGAUGGUUUAUCUUCUUGGUAUGGUCAGUACAGGGGAUGUGGUGAUGACCUUCUCCUGGAACCAAAGAAGCCCAUGGCUUUGCAACGGAAUACCAAGGAACCUAAAGUCCCCAAAUCUGUUGUCAUUGGAAUUAAGCAAGUACUGCAAUUUUACCCUGAAGGUGUCAGUGUUUCAAAUCUUCAAGCUCAGCUUAAAAGGAUCAAUGUGUUUAUUGAUGAAGGAUUCUUUGGCUUCAGAAGGUUCUCUGUCCUUCUCAAAGCCAUGCCUGAUGUUGUGAAAUUUAUAGAUCCUCUACCAGGUGAUACUGAGCCUGCUGUGGUUGAGGUUUUCAAGAGUUCAGUGGAGUCUUCUGAACAAAGUAGUUUCAGUAGAAUGGAUUCUGCUCAAAGUAGCAUUGAGGAAAAACACCACAAUGAAAGUGAAAGUGAGGAGCUGUCAUCAGUGGAUGACCAGCCUUCCUCAUCCGAAUUACCAUCAUGUACGGAAAAGAAAACUCUGGUAACUGAAGUGCUGUUGUCCCCAUUAGAACAAGUAUCUAGAGGCCACAAGAAAGCUGGACUAACUCAACGAGCAGAGAGACCUUCAAACCAUGUGGAAGCUGAUGUUACUCUGGCUGGGGAUGUUCCAUCACCACCAUCUGAUGCACCAUCUAUAGAUCAAAGGAACGCUGCAGUUGUUGAUCUGGUUAAGAAAACAGAACAACCAGUCAACCGUAUGGAAGCUGAUAAGGUGGAUGCUUCUGGCACUCCUUCCUCGUCAGGGGCGCAAGGUAGUAUUAGCAAUAAAAGGGGACUAUUUGAACGCAUAUCGUCUCUAUGGAAUGGCCAAAGUGCUUAGGUUUGGUGGCACCUCUUCGAAAGCAUUCGAUGAUUUGCCUAUUCAUCAACGCAUAAGUAGAAUCUUGUACUCCCUCCGUUCCAAAUUACAGGUCGUUCCAAAUUCAUAGGUCUAGACAUACACCGUAUCUAGGUGCAUAGCAAAAAACUGUGUACACCAAACGACCCUACAAUUUGGAACGGAGGGAGUAGAAUAGUUAUUCAGAGGUGUAGUGAACACAGGAUGUUUCAUCUGGAUAUGAUUAGUAUAAGGAACCACUGCGUAUGUUGGAAGGAUUGUAUUCAUUAUUCAGUGUACGGUAAACCUUUGUUUCUUGAGCA